AUGCGCGGAUCACCACCUGCGCGAACCCGAAUGGACGAGGCCGCGGCUGCGGCCGGUAGCCCGACAGCAGCUCCAAGACGCGACGGGGAAGAGGAGGUUACACUUGGGACCGAAGAAGCCCGGAGACCGCCACGACAAAUGCAUCGGCACGUGGGCGUUUCAGGACAAAAGUCGGCGGGGAACAGACGAGCCUCGGAGCACAAAUAUUUGGAGCAUCACCAGCGAUCGAAGCACGAAGCUGUAGCAGUGGAGCCGGGAGCAGGAGAGACAGGGCCUGCAGAGCCAGAGGCGGAUGCGGAACCCAAAGAGACUGAAACCGAGGCCGAGACCCAAGGUGCCGGGAGCGCGGUGGAGCGUAAGAAGACGCGACGGCGGACGCUGGAGCACUUGUUGCCGCCGUUGCGACGGGCGCGUCGGGAUACGUCAUCCGUUUCCUCUGCGUCGUCCGGGCGCCGGCGGAGCCGGCCGUCGGCUGCGGCAUCGCCAAGCUCCUCCAUUUCCCCGACCGCGUCGUCGUCUCCAUCGGGUUCGUCGGUAUCUGCUGCUUCUGCGCCGGCUGUGGACCGAGUAAAUGGCACGAGUGAGGGGAGGCGGUUUGAAUUAGGCAAUUCGGUAGCGCGUGGUUUGUUGAGUACAGCAAGUGUGCACAUUGAGGACUUUCUCCGAAGAUGGAUGGCGACGGAGGUAGUUCGUAGCGCACGUGUGUGGGAUGUGUGUAUUCCGGGAAGUCAUGACAGCGCGAGCUAUGAAUGUAGUCAUCGUGCGAGGGGUGUGGCGCAAAAGGGGUUAAUGGAGUUCAUUCGUUCAUUCGUGCGCACUCAGGAUAAAUCCGUCUACGACCAAUUAUGCGCGGGUGUCCGGUUCCUUGAUCUCCGCGUCUGCAUCGACCCACUAGACCGAACACAGAUCCCCUACUGCGCACAUGGCGGCUACCGUUGCGCCAACCUCAUUGAAGUACUAGUCGAUGUCAGACAAUUCCUCACAGAAUACCCCACAGAAGUCGUCUUCCUAUCCUGCAAACCGGAUGCCGGUUUCAAGACCAAACCACAUCUCAUGACUCUCGCCGUCGCCGACUUUUGGGUCUCUGUUAUCCUCUGGCAAUUCCUUGGCAACAAACUACGUAACCAAACUACCAUUGCUGAACUCGUCGAACGCGGCCAGAAUGUCGUCUACUUCUUCUCAGAAGUCGAACGCUAUCUACCCGACCCCCUGCCAUCCAUUCAACGUGGAACAGGGACUACACCCCCAGGGACCACAGCCCCAGAGACCACACCCCCAGAGACCACACCCCCCGACUCCGGUCUAGAACUAGACGGAGACCACGGGACUAAGAAGAACCCCCAUGGACCCCGACGAUCGAGUCCGGCAAACCGCGUUCUACACCGACUGACUACGCAGUGCUCGUACAAAUUGGACCGGCUCGACAGCGUGCUCGGUGCCGAGGUCAUCUCCCGAAAACUGGUGAGCGAACCCGUGGACAUCACCGAACCCGAAAGACGUCCCAGAAAAAAAUCAUUCGUUAUGAAAGCUCGGAGUACUUUAGCCGUAUGA